AUGUCUUCCCCAAGUUCGCCCAACGCCAACGCGGGCGCCUCCAAAAACUCGUCCGAGCAGGUCACCUUCAAGUUCUGCCCCGAGUGCUCCAACAUGCUCUACCCGAAGGAGGACAAGGACGCCCGCCGACUCAUGUACACCUGCCGAACCUGCCAGCACACUGAGGAGGCCACUUCCAACUGCAUCUACCGCAACGUCCUGAGGAACACGGUCGGCGAGACUGCUGGUGUCACCCAGGACGUCGCCUCCGAUCCCACGGUUGGUGAUGCCCCUCCUACGUCUCCCUCCUCCAACAAGAAGUCUGCCCUUGUCAUCUGUGGCUGCUGCGGCCAGGUCAUCAUGUGCUCUGAUUGUGGACUCCACCCCGCCGUCGUCUCCGGCGACGACCAAAACGACGACGACCUCCCUUCCAGCCCGCCCGAGACCUACCAGGAGGAGCUCCUCGAGCAGAUGAUCCUGGACGAGGACAUGGAUGACUGGGAGCCCGAGAACGAGCCUGCAGCUGUGAAACAGGAUGUUCACAGCAGUCCCAAGAAGGCUGUCGCUGCCUAG